AUGGUCUCACCCAAAUACGAACGCUUCACACUUGCCCUCGACGAUGAUGCAAUCGAUUUCUUCCCCAAUGACGAUGACAACCCUUCUUCUGGUAGUAGUGAUGGAUUCGAGGAGAUAGUCUCAGCUACUAUACUGCAAUUUGCAAGAGUCGAAAGUGCCAUAGGUACUAUCUCGGAAAUGUGGACGGGCUGUUACAAGUAUAUAGCUUCAAGUUUCAAAUCACAGAACGUCAAAGCAACAAAUCACAUUACAUCUUGA